GCAGUUAGUGAUAUGAAAAAAGUAAAAACAUCGUUGCAAAGCCAAAGUUCUCCUUUUUAUGUGGUGAAAAUCUCGUUUCUUAGUUUUGAGUUUUUGACUGUAGCUUUCUCGGUUCUUUCCUGCGAAAAACAGUUUUUGCUAUGUUGUACAUUUGUAACUUAUAAGACGGAGACGGAGACAACACAAUAUGCGGGUAUAGCGUCCUCUUAAUCUUGGUAUGAAGUAUGAAUGAAUGAUGGAACAAGUCGUAAGCUAUCUCUUUCUAAAAAUAUGAUAAUAUGAUGAUGAGCUGAUAAAUAAACGCCGGGAUCAAGCUGGACGGGAUAGAUAAGUGAUAAGAAAAAAGUAUUCUUAUCUAUCUCGACUUUAUAACCGACGUUCGACUAUUGACAAACGUAUUCCGUAAGUCCGAUAUCCGUGUUUUCUUUUUUUAAUGAUGAAAAAUAGUUUUUAUUUUCCUGCCAUUUUUAGUUUACAGAAAAUGUUUAAAAUAAUUUGACUGUUUAAUACAAAUAAAUAUAAAUAAAAAUAAUAAAUUAUGAAAUACAUUUAAAAAUAACAUAAACAAAAACAUUCUGAAACAGAAUCAUGGCAAAUCAACUUCAAGGAUUGGAUCCCAUGAAUAAAAAGAUAAUUUUAAGAAUAAACUCAGCUUAUGGAUUUGGUUUGGUCAAAGGAUCUAUUGUAAUUUAUGCAACGUUGAAGAACCAAACAUUACAAACAGCUAUAAUCCCCGUCAAUAAAAAUGAAUUGAAAUUUGCCUCAGAUAUUAUAUGGCACAUGGAUAAUGCUACAUUAAAAAAAUUAAAAAUGGAUAAUACAUCUAUAAGAGUUGAGUGCUUUCGUAUUCCAAUAGACAAAUCUAGUUCAAAUGAAAAGCUAGGUUAUCUUUUAUUAAAAGUAAAAGGUGCACAAACUAUUAAUCCAACAUCCAAUGAUCGGAUCGAACAUUUAUCAUACAAAUUAAUAGGAUCAAAAAACUGUAGUUAUGAUCUUAAUUUAUCAUUAAUAAUUGAAGACUCAAAUGAUAAAGCUAUUGGAAAAUCACCUGAAAAAAUUAAAUACUCAAAAUGCAUAAAUAAUAAGAAUAAAAAUGGUGAUACUUCUUUAAAAAAAAUAGAAGACAACAAACAUUAUGAAGAAAACAUUGAAGUCGAUUUACCAAAUCCUGAUGUAAAUAUUAUGUUAGAACAAAUAGAUAUUUCACCAGAAAAACAUGAAUACCAAAAUGAAUUAGAUUUUGAUGUUGAUGUUCAACAAAAAAACAUUGAAGAAUUAGAAGAAUGGAAAGACAAACAAAUGAUAUUGUUUAAUGAAAAGAUGAAAGCGAAAGAAGAACAACUGUUAAAAGAAUUUAACAAUAAAUGGUCAAAUGAUAGAAAACGCAUUGAAGAGGAACUUGCCUAUGCUAUGUCAAAAUGUAAAGCAUUAGCUAAGGAUUUGGACAAAAUGUCUGAUAAGUUGAAAGAAAGAGAUGCAAUUGUAACAGCUAAAGAACUAGAAUUAGCAUGUCAAAAAGAUAGCAUGGAUAAUAAAUAUAUUGGAUUAAUGUCUUCAAAUGCACAAAAAAAUGAUGAGCUAAGUAAAAAUAUUUUUGAAUUGAAAAAAAAAUUGUAUGAAUCAGAAAAAAUUAAUACUUUACUAAGAAAAGAAAAUGAAGAACUGAAGUACAAUAACAAUUGUGGUUUGCAUGUACAAGAAUUAGAGGAAAAAAUUUCUAAUUUAGAGAGUAGUCUCGAAGAAGCUAAUAGGUCAUGUAUGUUCUUCAAAGAGCGGUGGAUAGCAUCUGUGAGAAAAAUAAAUCAAAUGUAUACAAAAUUUCAUGGAACUAAGACUGAUGAUCUUUUACUUAACAAUAAACAAAAUAUUCAAAACAUAUUAACUAACCAAUUAGUAGAACGGCAACACGACGAAGAAAAAUUAAGAACACUUUUAAAUGAUAUAGGUAAAUUACGGCAUGAUAUGACCAACACUAAUUAUUUAAACUAAAAACUUGAAGUAUAUAAAUGAGUAAAUAAUUAGAUACUUAUAUCUAAAUAGAUUAGUAAAAGACACUUUGUAAAUUGUUUUUUGUGGAUAAUCUAAAUUUUAAUAAACUUGUUAUGUGUACCAUAGAGAAUAAUAUAUUAUGUAUAGUAGUAUUUCAGACUUUCAACUAACUAUUACUAAUAAAUUAUGAAUAAUAAAGAAAAUAUUUCUUUUAGCAUAGUGUUCUUGUAUUAAUAAGUUAAAUAAGAUAAAAUCCAAGUAUAAUAUGUUCAAAAUACUACCUAAACUACUUUGUUAAUAUUAAGAUAAUUUAUUUUACUAGUAUCAGGAACCUUAUUUUUAACCCGCUGUUAAUUAUGCUAUGUGAAAAAGACCGCACUUUUUUUACAUAUUGAAUAAAACAUAUACAUUUUACAUUUUAA